CCAAAUUGUUGUUUCCACAAUAAUAUAAAUAUAUAUAAAGCUCCAAUCUGCGCAUCCUUCGGAGUUUACAACCAUUCUCUCUCUUUCACCGCUUUGGAAUUCAGUUCAUCACUUCAAGUUUUCAGGUUAAAUCAUCUCUUUUGAACCAGUUGCACCACUUCCUGUUAAGAGACUAGGGAAUGCUGAAAGAUGUGGUUGAAAGCUACUGUAUCUUUCUUUGAAGUUGUGGCUCCGGUAGAGCUGUUCUAUUUCAUCCCUGAUGAUCUUGAACUCAUAAACUGCUGCCCGGUCUUUCCUUUUGAGUCGAUGCCAGUUACAGCUGAGCAUUUUCCGGGGCAAAGGCUGCCUCAUCUCAUUCACGACCACUGUGAAGAUGGUUGAAUGUGUUGUUCUCGAAGUUCAUUUACUAAUUUUGAAUAAAAGUGACAGGUGUAGAUAAGUACCGUUAGUUUAUAUUAACUUAGUUUGUCGUAUAGAAAGCAGCCAGAUAUGGAACAAAAAGGUAGCAUUUUGAUGAAACGUUAUGAACUGGGAAGGUUAUUGGGACAAGGAACCUUUGCGAAGGUUUACUAUGCUAGAGACAUUGAAACCGGUAUGAGUGUUGCCAUUAAAGUUAUCGCCAAAGAAAAAGUGUUGAAAGUUGGUAUGAUUGAACAGAUCAAACGGGAGAUUUCUGUUAUGCGGCUAGUCAAGCAUCCAAACGUGGUCCAACUGUACGAAGUCAUGGCUAGCAAAACGAAAGUCUAUUUUGUUAUGGAAUAUGUGAAAGGCGGUGAACUCUUCAACAAGGUUUCAAAAGGAAAACUCAAGGAAGGAAUAGCAAGGAAGUACUUCCAGCAGCUAAUCAGUGCCGUCGAUUUCUGCCAUAGCAGAGGCGUAUAUCACCGCGAUCUGAAACCUGAAAACCUUCUUUUAGACGAAUAUGGAAACUUAAAAGUCUCGGAUUUUGGAUUGAGCACCCUUUCGGAAUGUAAGCAUCAAGAUGGUUUACUCCACACGACAUGUGGGACCCCUUCGUAUGUUUCCCCUGAAGUGAUUAACCGAAAAGGGUAUGAUGGGGCGAAAGCUGAUAUUUGGUCGUGUGGUGUUAUUUUGUACGUGCUCUUAGCGGGUUAUCUUCCUUUCAAUGAACCAAAUCUUAUGGAGAUGUAUAAGAAGAUUACUAAAGCGGAAUUCAAAUAUCCUAUUUGGUUUGCACCCGACGUACGUAGGCUGCUGUCGAAGAUUCUCAACCCUAAUUCCAUAACCCGGAUAUCUAUUGAGAAAAUCAUGCGCCAAUCUUGGUUCAGAAGAGGGCUUAACUCCAAAACCGAAAUAGCUCAAAUGGAAAGUGAAGAACCACUCGAUGAUGCCAGCAAUUGCCAGGCGAAGCCAGUUAACUUGAAUGCUUUUGAUAUUAUUUCUCUUUCAGCAGGAUUUGACUUGUCGGGUCUGUUUGAGGAGAAUGAGAAGAAGAAAGAGGGGCGGUUCACUUCAAGGAACAGUGCGAAGACGAUCAUCUUGAAGUUGGAGGAAUUAGCUAAGACAUUGAAGAUGAAGGUGACGAAGAAGGAAGGGGGGAGAAUGAAAUUGGAGGGACUAAAUGCUGGAAGAAAAGGGGUAGUGUCUAUUGAUGCAGAGAUAUUUGAGGUUACUCCUGAUUUUCAUUUAGUGGAGGUGAAGAAGUCGAAUGGAGAUACCAUAGAAUAUCAUAAUUUAAUGAAGCAGGAUAUAAGACCGGGUUUGAAAGACAUCGUUUGGAGUUGGCAAGGGGAUGAGCCUUCGUUGCAGCAGUUAGAACCAGGGGAUGAUGUUUUUGCAAUAUCGGAGUCUUCACCAUUGCAGGAUGCUGCUGCCUAAGUAAGUUCUUCAGUUCUUAGAUAGAGAUGUUGUUUUCAUUGUAUGGAAACUUUUGUUAACUGACCUUAUUGAUCUGGUUAUUAUUGCUUUCUAUCUAUCUAUAUUUGAUUGUGUGUU